AUGUGGCCCCGGUUGAAUCGGGCCGCCGAGGAGCUGUACGCGCGCCUCCUGCUGAAAGUUGAUGAAGAAAAGAAAGGAAUCUGUAAAGACCCGCUUGUCUAUGAGGCUGAUGUCCAAGUGCAGUUGAUCAGCAAAGGCCAGCCUUGCCCUUUGAAAAAUAUUCUCGAUGAGAGUGAGGUAGCAUUUAUUGCAGAAAGAUUGCCUUUGGAAAAGAAAGAAACCAGUCAAGAUGAAAGCUUACCAUCUGAAGAAACUGUCAUUUCUGAUUUGUCUGCUGGUGAGAACGUUGGGCCACUUGCAUUACCCAUCGGAAGAGCAAGGCAAUUAAUUGGACUUUACACCAUGGCUCACAAUCCUAGCAUGACUCAUUUGAAGAUUGAUCGGCCUGUGACUGUCCUUCCUCCCCUUUGGGUAAGGUGUGAUGGUUCGGAUCCUGAGGAUACUUGCUGGCUAGGAGCUGACCUUAUCACAGCAAAUAGCAACAUUACUGGCAUUGUCUUAUAUGUGGUCAGUUGUAAAGCUGAUAAAAACAAUGUGAAUCUUGAAGACUUAAAAAAUUUACACAAGAAAAGACAUCACUCAUCCACAGUGUCAACCAAGGGUUUUGCCCAGUAUGAACUCUUCAAGCCCACUGUUGUAGAUGACUGUGUGGCCUCAUCACAGUCAAUGAUCACUUUGGACAUUUGCUGGAGUCCUGUAGAUGAGAUUUUUCAGGUUCCUCCACUCUCUUCAAAUGCAACUGUGAAUAUUAAAGUGGAAUCAGGAGAGUCUGGAGGGCCUUUGGAUAAUCUCUACCGAGAACUGAAAUUUCUCCUUGUUUUGGCUGAUGGUCUGAGGACUGGAGUAACUGAAUGGCCGGAGCCCCUUAAGGCAAAGCCUGCUGUUGACCUCGUGCAGGAGUUUCUGAAUGAUUUAAUUAAACAAGAUGAAUUUGCUGAAUCUCCAAAAACAGACACCCAGACAGAGAAGCCCAACAAUACUGUCAUCGACCAAUCUGUCCAGUGCUUUUUCACUGAGCGGGGGGACCUGGACUUUGCUGAGCAGCUGUGGUGUAGAAUGAGCAGUAGUGUGAUUUCAUAUCAAGACUUGGUGAAGUGUUUUACAUUGGUCAUCCAGAGUCUCCAGCGUGGUGACAUCCAUCCAUGGCUUCAUGGUGGGAGUAACAGUUUGCUAAGUAAGCUCACUCAUCAGUCUUAUCAUGGAACCAUGGCCACAGUUUCUCUCACUGGAACCAUUCCUGUGCAGAUGCUUUUGGAAAUUGGUCUAGACAAACUAAAAAAGGAUUAUAUCAGUUUCUUCAUAGGUCAGGAACUUGCCUCUAUGAAUCACUUGGAAUAUUACUUUUCCCCAUCAGUAGAUAUCCAAGAACAGGUUUAUCGUGUUCGCAAGCUGCACCAUAUUGUAGAAAUAUUGGUCAGUUGCAAGCUUUUCAUUCAGCUUCAACAUGAGCUUCUUUUUUCUUUAGCACAAUCAUGCAUAAAAUAUUAUAAACAAAAUCCUCUGGAUGAGCAUCACAUCUUUCAGCUACCCGUGAGACCGACUGCUGUGAAAGAUUUAUAUCAAAAAGAGAAGCCACAGAAAUGGAGAGUGGAAAUAAACAGUGGUCAGAAGAAGGUAAAAACCGUCUGGCAGCUGAGUAACAGUCUACCUGUGGACCAUCUACAUUCACACAGACUUGAUUUUUCUGAACUAACGUUCAAUGGUAGCCUGGAAGAAAAGAUGCUCUUUACCAGCAUGAUCACCUGCAGCCAGGUGCAUUUCAAGUGA